AUGUCUGAUACCCAGAAUACCCAGACUCCUCAGUAUGAAGACGCCGGUGGGCGCCCAUAUAUCGCCGCCUCUGGAUCGAUGCCAGCCGUCGGCGACCAGGUGCUUUAUAUGGCUCCUGAGGGCCAGCGGGGGCCUUAUAUUAUUGAGAAAGUGAUCCCCCCUCUAUCAUGCACAUUAUGCGAUGCAAGCGGAAGACAAGUCAAUGGGGGAGCUGCUGUGCAAAUAUCCGAGAUACAGAUUCUCUAG